GGUGAGGCUGGCGGCAGUCUCGACAAUCAGACCCGAAGCCAGCUCCCUCGUUACCAUCCUUCCUGGGGGGCCGCCGCGGCAGUUUGGACCCAGCUUUUUGCUUCUCCACCUUGCCGUGUCGUGGUCCUGACAGCGGGGACAGGCUAGAAACGCUCUUCAGUUUCCAGAAGAGCGGAAGCGCCUUCUCUGGACCUAGGUGGGGACCCAGCCCUGUCCUGGGGGUUCCAGCCUUGGCUGGAUGGCCGCGCCUCCGCUGGGCCGUCUGGUGUUGACCCACCUGUUGGUAGCCCUCUUCGGCAUGGGCUCCUGGGCUGCCGUCAACGGGAUCUGGGUGGAGCUGCCGGUGGUGGUGAAAGACCUCCCUGAGGGUUGGAGCCUCCCCUCCUACCUCUCUGUGCUCGUGGCGCUGGGGAACCUGGGCCUGCUGGCGGUGACUCUGUGGAGACGGCUGGCCCCGGGCAAGGGCGAGCAGGCGCCCAUCCAGGUGGUGCAGGUGUUGAGUGUGGUGGGCACCGCGCUGCUAGCGCCUCUGUGGCAGCAGGUGGCACCGGUGGCGGGGCAAGACCACUCGGUGGCCUUCCUGACACUGACCUUUCUGCUGGCACUGGCCUGCUGUGCCUCGAACGUCACUUUCCUGCCCUUCCUGAGCCACCUGCCGCCCCCCUUCCUGCGGUCCUUCUUUCUGGGCCAGGGCCUGAGUGCCCUGCUGCCCUGCGUGCUGGCCCUGGCGCAGGGUGUGGGCCGCCUCGAGUGCCCGCCGGCCCCCAUCAACGGCACUCCUGGGCCUCCCCACAACUUCCCAGAGCGUUUUCCCGCCAGCACCUUCUUCUGGAUACUGGCUGCCCUCCUGGUCACGUCGGCCGCCGCCUUCCAGGGUCUCCUGCUGCUGUUGCCGUUACCACCGUCCACACCCACGGGGGGCCCGGGGCCCGGCCUGCAGGUGGGAGGAGCCCCAGGAGUGGAGGACGAGGAGGAGGCCUUGCCACUGCAGGAGCCACCUUUCCAGGUGGCGGCCAGCACCCCUGGCCCAGACCCGGAGGCCCAUCGGCUGCUCUCGGCCCACAGUGUCUGCCUGCUGGGCCUGCUGGCCGUCACCAACGCGCUGACCAAUGGCGUGUUGCCUGCUGUGCAGAGCUUCUCCUGCCUGCCCUACGGACGCCUGGCCUACCACCUGGCCGCAGUUCUGGGCAAUGCCGCCAACCCCCUCGCCUGCUUCCUGGCUAUGGGCGUGCUGUGCAGGUCCUUGGCAGGGCUGGGCGGUCUCUCUCUGCUGGGCAUGCUCUUUGGGGCCUACCUGAUGGCGCUGGCGGUCCUGAGCCCCUGCCCGCCCCUCGUGGGCACUCCCGCAGGGCUGGUGCUCGUGGUGCUGUCAUGGGUGCUGUUCGUGGGACUGUUCUCAUACGUGAAGGUGGCCGCCAGCUCCCUGCUGCAUGGGGGCGGCCAGCCGGCACUGCUGGCAGCGGGCGUGGCCAUCCAGGUCGGCUCCCUGCUCGGAGCGGUCGCCAUGUUCCCUCCCACCAGCGUCUACCACGUGUUCCGCAGCGGGAAGGACUGUGUGGAUCUCUGUGGACCCUAAACCCGGGCAGGUGGGGACUUCACUCCACCCUACCUGCCUUCAGGUGCACUGGCCGCUGCCCGGGGAGGCCCUCCCCAUGCAGGGGCACCAGCACAGGCCCUGCACACUCCGCAGAGGGCCCUGGCACGUCCGGCCCGAGCAAGGUCCACACUGGGGCCGUGGGCAGGCCUGGAGCCGGGCCCCGGCCCGGGGUGGGCGUUGCGCAGUAAACACGUUUACCCCAGGACUCCCUCCUCUCGUGCAGAUGGGGACGUCCCCGGAGCCUCCGCGGGGGUCUGGUGGUUCUGGAGGAGCCCCCCACACACACACACACUGUGCUGGUGGUUCCUGGGAUUAGGCCCUCCGAGCCCAGGCCUCCUGCCUGCCGCCCACCCCUGAUCAUUGCCUCUCAGACCCGCCCCCCACCCGCCCCCUGAGAACUGCCCCGAGGGAGGGCAAAGGCCCACUUCUGGGCCAAGGACACACGCAGGCCUGGGCGGUCGGAGGCAGCAUGGUGUCCACUCAGUGCCAGCCCAUCCGGCAUCUCCAGCUAAGUGGUAAGGCCCCCUCCCUCUGGGCCACUGCCCCACAGCCUCCUCCAGGCGUGUGCUGGGUCCAGCCAGCCAGGCCCAGUCGUCAGGCGGGGUGGCUGUCCCCGCUUUGUGACCUGAGCCUGGGUGUGGUCCUCCUCCCCUGCCGCUCUCUGGGGGUCCUGCCUGGGCCUGGCUGCCGCCUCCAGGCAUUGGGAGGGGCUCGGCAAGUGGGACUGGGACUGCAGCGUAAGGUUCCAGCCAGUCUUGGGACCUUUCUUCUCAAGAGCACUGACCCCUUCCCUGAGCCUCCAGCCUCCGGUUUCUGGCUUUUUCCACGACCAGACUCCCACAUGUCCCAGACCCUCUAUUCAGACAUCAGCUGCCCCUUCCUGAGCAGCUCGCACCGCCCUGGGACAGGCGGCUGCCUCUCUGUGCCAGCCACAGCACGUCCUGAGGGUGGGGGUGCUCUCCAGCCAGACUGAACACCGGAGCUGAGCCUCGGAGGUGUGCAGGUGGGGGCCGCCGUGGGGGGGGGGCGCAGUGAGGCCCCACAGGAAUCGGGAAGUGAGCACUGCUGUCCCUGCCCCCAGCUCCUUCCCAUGAUUGUUCUGGUCCUUGACUCGGCCCGGCCCGUGUGGGGGCCUCUUCCUGUCAUUCCUCUAUACCCCCACCCCCACCCCACCCGCCUCGGCAGGACCGACAGAACAUGAGGGAGUCCCCCAUGGACUCAAGGGCAAGGCCUGCACACCUUGACCGCCAGAACUUCUGGUCCGGGGUUCCAGCAGCCCAGCCGUGAGGAGAGGCGGCCACCAGCCGGGCCCUAGUUCCUGGGGCCGCUGGGCCUGGCUGCUUGAUUUGGGGAUGGGGGCUUGGGGGCGGUGAGUGAAGAUGCAGGGAGGAGGACGAGGCAGGGUGGGUGGCACGGCCCUGGGUGCGCCCUCCCCACACCCCUCAUCAGCACGUCGCCCCCCUCCCCCACACGCAUCACCCUGGGGCUGGAAGGGGGGUUGGAGGAAGCCGCUGCCCUUUGAAGUCUGCAGUGCCUCCCGGGCCUGAGAGCCACCCGGCACACCCUUCCCUCCGGUGGCUGCCCGGAGCCGGGCGCGAGGCCAGGGAGGCAGGACGGCCCACCAUGCCAGGCCCCUCAGGGCUGGGCCCUGCCUGCAGGGCCUGUUGGGGUGCUUGAGCCUCCAGCUGGGCAGUAGGUGGCAGUUGCUCUGGCGCUCCCAGCUCUGCCCAAAGAUCCUCUCAGUCUUGGGGCGAGGGCAGUUGAAGGUGACCUCGGAGGGAGGCCGUGGCCCAGGCAGGUCCUAAGGCAGCACGUUGUCCCCAGAGGGCAGGUCCGGGCAGCCACCACUCCCAGGUGUGGCCACCUCAGCUGGGCCCAAGCAGGGAGCGCCAGGCCGGGCUCUGGGCAAGGGGCUGAGGUGGGGCCUUCACCUUCCCAGGCCAGCGCUUCUCAGCCCAGAGCCCCCACAGGUAUAGGUUCUGAUGUGCUUGGAGCUGUAGUGGCCCCUGGAUGACAGAAUGGUCUAGUCCCCACAUUUGCAUCUGCUCAGAGCCCCACUACCUGACUUGGGGGCGUUUAAAGGGGCUCCCUCCCCGCCGUGGAAUUCUAAGGGGCCUCCCAGCCUCCCUGAAACAGUAGUGUCGGGGUGGCUGGGUCCUUGCUCCUGACCAUCAACGAUUCCAGUAUCUGCUGCUCUGGUCUCCGGGAGCCUGCUGCCCACUGCCCUGAGGUCACUUGGGCCUCUUCCAGCCCAGACACUGGCUUGAAGCAUGUGGGAUGCAGGGCUCUGCUCCAUCUUCCCGCGCCUGGAGGACAGUCUGUCUUUCUUUUGGUGACUCCCCUGUCACACUCCCUGGGGUCCCUCCCUCUCCUGGCCCCCACCCCCGGCUCCCUAGCAGGAUGCGUCCCUGACCUGCUCCACCUGCAAAGGAGAGUCCCCAGGGCCUCUGACCCCAGCCAGGCCAAGUGGGCCGCGGGCAGGACCUUCCUCAGCUGCACCACCCAGGCGGGGCUCCCGUGUGGUCUCUUGGGGCGUCCGGGGGGAGCGCUGUGAUUCGAUGAGAAGCUGCAGGCUGACCUCGAAACUCCGGUCCCUUUGCUCGGGCAGUGAAGACCAAGCUCACCGAGGAGGCCAGCUAAGGGGAUCCCUGGGGGGCCACCCCAUGGUGUCCCCAUGGAAAGCCAUGCUGCAGACACCCAGUCUCAGAAGGCCGUGGCAGACAAGGGAGGAGCGCCAAGUCUAGACGCCAGUCCCUGGGAAGGCCGCCAGCUGGUCACCCCCACGGCAGCCUUGGCUCAGACACCUGCGAGGAGAUGAGGGUGGAUCGGAACGUCUUCCGAGAGGGGCCUGAUGGAGGAGAGUUCUGGCUGGGUCGACACUAACCAUCCCGCCUCCCUGUGACAUCGGUUGGCUCAGGGAGUGCGUCCCCUGCUGGCCUCCCUGGCACCCCAAGUGAGGUUCCCCUUCCUGGAGCUCCACAGGGUGGGGGUUCGUGCACCUGUCUGUCUGUGUCUGUGUGGCUGGAAGUUUCCAUUCUGCCGCCCAGUGGAAGAGCUGAGUCACGCAGCAACACUGUGCUGACCGUUUCAAACCCUGCCGGACAGUUUUCCAGAGCGGUUGCACGACCCCACCCACACAGAGGGCUCCGGUUUCUCCCAGGGGGUCUUGCGGAGUGGGUGUCCCCUGCGGACAGCUCAGGGGCCGGCACUCCUCAGGCUUGUUCACAGGUGGUGACCACGAGGAGGGCAGCCAGCAGAGGCGCUGAGCCUUCCCCAGAUCAGGGCUGCACCUGCAAAAGGGUGUGAAUGCCAACGUUUCGGAAGCCACAGGCCCUGCAGGAAGUCCCUGGAGAUUUGCUGGUGCCCCCCCCCCCCAAACUCCUGUGGUCCUUCGCCUGCCGUCUCUGCCGACAGGAGCGCAGGUUUCCCGCCGAUCGUGUCCUUCGGGUGUUAGCUCAGCCCACCCCGACCAGUCCAGUUGGAACCCCGUCUCUUCCAGUCUGAGUUUCCAACCGUCCACAUGUGACUCCCCAUGAAGCUCCGUACAAACGGGGGUGUCUCUGUGGCCUCCACUCCUGACUCAGUUGAUCGCCGUACUGAUACCUUUCAUGCAGUCUUAGAUUUUCUGUGCGAUGCCUUAGGAUUAUUUCAUGUUGUAUGUCAUCAUUUUUUUUCAAUAAGUUUUCAUAA